AUGCAUCAGAUUUAUAGCUGCAGCGACGAAAACAUAGAAGUGUUCACCACUGUGAUUCCUUCCAAGGUGUCCAGUCCAGCCAGAAGAAGAGUCAAAAGCUCUCAACACCUCUUGACCAAGAAUGUGGUGAUUGAGUCGGACCUGUACGCUUCCCGGCCCCUGGAGCUGCUGCCACGCCGCAGUGACCACCGAGACUGCGAGGGCCCCAGGUUCAGCCGGCUCCACAGCUCAUGGCAGCAGGGACCCCACCCGGCCAAGACUCCUGCCAGACCGGUGGGGCCUGCUGAGCCCAAAUCAUCCAAUCUGCGUGGGAGUCGGCCCUAUGGAAAGUCUUUGAUGCCUCCAGUGGCCCGGAUCUCAGUGAAGGCCCCCACAGCUGUCCUGGAGGCGGCCGCUCCCAGCGGCUCCGACUACAGAGCUGUUCGGACAAGAGGAUCCAGGCAUCUCAAGAAGAUGACUGAAGAGUACCCAACCCUUCCCCAGGGAGCAGAAGCCUCCCUGCCGCUGACAGGAAGUGUGUCCUGCGGCAUCCCCAGCAUCCUCCGGAAAAUGUGGGUGAGGCAUAAGAAGAAGGCUGAGUACGUGGGAGCGACCAACAGCGCCUUUGAGGCCGACUAA